AUGCAAUUCCGGCUUUUCUUGCCAUCGACAUUGCACAAAUACGGUCUCUCGCCCGACAGCAAUCAUGGCCAAGACCGGUCUCACACGAAUAACGGCAGCCUCGGCUGCUGCCACAGCCAUGGCGACGUUCAUGCCUCGUCGGCCAACAUUUUGUCGACAGGUGCCUCGAGUGACCUCUGCGACUCUGUCGACGGCCUCGCCGAACAGGACGAUGCGGCCGCCGUGUCUGCGUCGUUACCACGCAUCCGCCCCCGCAUCGCACUCCUACUCCUCCUACUCCUCCCCGUCCGCGUCGCCGAGACGGCCGCAUAUGCUCAGCUCGGCCUCAGCCUUGGCCUCAGCCUCUUCCUCUCAGCCUUGACCGAGAGCACGCCGAACGCGGACGCAAUCAAGUUUCUGCCGAAUCACCAGGUGCUACCGGAGGGGAUUGCCUCGCCGUUCAUCGAAUACCUCAGCCCGCGGGCCACGAUCGCGCCGCCGUACCCGUCGCCGCUGGCGGCACAGCUGAUGAACGUCGAUGGCGUCACGGCCGUGUUCUACGGCAGCGACUUUAUCACGGUGACCAAGGCGACCGACGCCAAUUGGGCGCAUAUUCGGCCUGAGGUGUUUGCGCUCAUCACCGAGGCCAUCACGUCGGGCCAGGCGAUCGUGCGGCCGUCAGCGACAGGCAGCGCCGGGGCCGAGGGCGUCGACGGGACGCACGGCGAGGGUGCCGAGGCAGAAGCAGUGCACGAGGACUCGCUACAAUACAACGAGAACGACAGCGAGGUCGUCGGCAUGAUCAAGGAGCUGCUGGAGACGCGGAUCCGACCGGCCAUCCAGGAGGACGGCGGCGACAUUGAGUUUCGCGGCUUCGAGGACGGCGAGGUGCUGCUUAAGCUACGGGGCGCAUGCCGGACGUGCGACUCCAGCACGGUGACGCUGAAAAACGGCAUUGAGAGCAUGCUGAUGCACUAUAUCGAAGAAGUCAAGGUCGUGAGGCAGGUGCUGGACCAGGAGGAAGAGGUGUCGCUGGCCGAGUUUGCCAAGUUCGAGGAGAAGCUGCGGCUGCAAAAGGGCUCGGUGCCGCCGUCGACGACAGGAAAGGACACUCUAGACACGGUCCCGGGUUAG